AUGUCUGUCGACACCUUAGCAGAAGCGAGUGAGGACCAACGAGCCUCGCUGACUUCCCGAGUCCUUCCUAUGAUGACUUUGUCGAAGGGAUCAAGUCCUCUCACUCGGCCCCUCCCUCCAGUACCCUUUACAUCUGCUCGCUCACGAGCGGAAGCGCGAUUCCAAGUUCAGGGUAAAGCCAUAGUCACCGGCGGAGCAGGAGCACUAGGCCUUAUUUCUGCACAGGCUCUCCUGGAGCAUGGACUCUCGUCGCUGUGUAUCAUGGAUCUUCCCAGGACAUUGGAGACAUCAGAAGAACAGAUUCAAUCACUAGCAUCGAAAUUUCCAUCUGCCAAUAUAACCAAAAUCCCCUUAGACGUGACAUCAAUGGAAUCAAUUCAAGCCGCAUUUGAGCAGGCAGAGAACACAAUGGAAGGCAUCGAUAUCCUCUGCUGCUUCGCUGGGAUCCCCGGCUGCCAACCAUCCCUCACAGUAACACCCGAUCAGUUCAACAGAGUCAUAGACGUUAACCUGAACGGAUCUUUCUUCUGCGCUCAGGCAGCAGCAAAGCGUAUGGAAUCAUCAGGCAAAGGCGGGUGUAUCUUAUUCACUGCGUCGAUGUCGGCGCAUUAUACAAAUUUUCCACAGCCGCAAGCUGCUUACAAUGCGAGCAAGGCUGGAGUCGCGCAUAUGACUCGAAAUCUGGCUGCUGAGUGGGCUGUUCAUGGGAUCCGAGUGAAUAGUAUUAGUCCCGGGUAUAUGGAUACUAUUCUUAAUGCCGGUGAGAGCUUGGCGAAUGUUAGGAAGAUAUGGGAUUCUCGUUGUCCAAUGGGCCGAAUGGGAGAUCCUGAAGAGAUUACUGGGGCUGUGGUUCUUCUGUGUAGUCAGCGUGCAGGACGGUACAUCACUGGUGCUGAUAUUGUUAUUGAUGGGGGGACUUUGACUCUGUGA